GAACGGUACGGUAGUCUCGAUCGCCACCAGGAGUUGUUUCAAGGUCGGUGGUUUCGGAACGGUGCAGUUGCCACAGCCCACAGAGGUGUGCAGUGGAGAAACAAUACCUGAGGUAGAAAUAAUUAGUCUACUGGAGGAACAAAUUCCUAAGUAUCGUCUUAGAGCUGAUACACUCACUAAAUUUGGCGGUUACGAAAAUCAAGAUUGGUUUAUUCCCAGUCCCGCACUACAAGUUGAGGAGGCCGAUCUGAAAUUGUCCCCGGACCAAAUCCGGGAAACUCUUAACUACUUUCUUCUAUGUAGUAAUCGGGUGAGCCAAAUGACCAAGACCUACGAUGACAUAGAAGCGGUAACUAGGCUUCUGGAAGAGAAAGAGAAAGAUUUAGAACUGACUGCUAGAAUCGGCAAAGAACUACUUCAGCAGAAUAACAAGUUUGAAACGACAAUUUCGUCUUUGGAAUCUGAACUGAAGAGCGCCAAUGAGAAGAUCACUCAACUCACGCACGAGUCUGCGAAGAAAACAGAACUCAUUCAAAUUCUUACGAACGAUAUGGACGAAUCAUGUCUCGAGAGCGGCAUCACUAACGGACGUAUCAACUUCGAAUUGAUGCAGAAGAAGAUCGGUUCUUUGGAGGAGGAGAAUGUAGCCCUCAAAUCUGAGUACUGUCGAUUGGCUGAGCAAACUGACGAUGUGGAGGCGAAGGAGCAAAUGCUCUUAAGCGACAUCACUGGCCAGCUCGCUUGUGCGAAUUCAAGUAUGGGACUAUUGGAAGAUGAAGUCGAUCGACAAAAGGAGGAAAAUCGUUUACAGCAUGAACAAAUUUUGGCUUUAUCUGCAAAGUUGAGAGAUACUGAAAUGAGGCUGCAUAAGGUAUGUCAAUAAACUACUAGUAGGUGUG